UUAGAAACCAUUUUGUCCGAUGAGCCAGGACUGCUGGGUCCAAAGGCUCUGUUUGCUUUUAUGGCUUUAUCCUUAUGCCGGGAUGAGAUUAACUGGCUGGUACGGCAUGCUGAGAAUGUCACGAAGUCUAAGACUCCAGAAGACUACAUAGAUGUCCAUAUAGCUGAGCUGAUGUUUUCUAUGGAGGAGAUCCGGAUGUUAGUCAAAAAACAUGUGCCUAUCAUGCAGAAAUACCAUCUCCAGUAUUUAGCAAAGUUUGAUGCACUGAUCCUCAGUGACAUCAUCCAGAAUCUCACUGUUUGCCCAGAAGAGGAAUCUGUGAUAAUGUCUUCAUUUGUAAGCCAUUUGUCUGCACUGAAUGUAAAACAAGUUGACAACAAAGAAACAUUUGAUUUUAAAGCCCUGAGACUUGACUGGUUCCGGCUCCAGGCAUAUACCAGUGUAGUAGAAAGCUAGCCCCGCUAUCUCUUCGAGACAAUCAAGAUCUUGGGAAAAUUAUGAAUCUGAUCAUGUUUCACACCUGGAUGCUGGACUCUGUAGAAGAUAUGAUUAUUGAGACCUCAGACCUCUCCAUCUUUUGUUUUCAUAUCCGCACAUUUGAAAAGAUGUUCUCGCUAACAAUGGAAGAGCCCUCUGCUUUGCGUUACUCAAUUUCAUUUCCACUGGCCUGCUCUCACUUCUCGAAUUGCACCCACGAGAUGUGCCCAGAGGAGUACCCUCACCUGAGGAACUGCGGCUUGGGGCUCUGUAACAAUUUUCUAGAUGAAAUAAGCAGACAGGCAUCUGGUUGUAUAAUUGACAUCUGUGCAGAGCAAAGUAAUCUCAGCGAAAAGUUGCUUCCAAAGCACUGUGCUGCAUCUAUCAGCAAAGCCAGGAAUAAGAAACUGAAAAGGCCACCCCCUAAGAAAAUGGAGCCGGAGAGAGAAAAACCAGGCACAGAAAGCCAACGUAAAAAUCGCAGCAUGACUACUAACAUGGACAAACUGCACUUGACCCUUAGUGAGUUCUCUAUAGCGCUAAAUCAUGUCAGAAACAUCAUGGGUAUUCGAUCAUUUGGUCACUCCGGCAGAGUACCUAAGUUCCAACUUAGAGACAAGACUUAGUCGGGCCUUGGUACUGAUAGUGAACUGGAAUCCUGCCACACGUCAGGUUCAGCGUCCAUCGGAGGUUUUAAGUGGGAUGAGAUCUUUUCUCAGCACAUUGCAGUCUGUUGCUCAUCUAGUGAAUAUUGAUAUUACACGUACUAUCCGUAGCACGUUACUGCAGCAAACACAAGUGAAUGAUGCUAAUGGAGAGCAGACUAUCACCUCACUUUAUACCAACUGGUACCUGGAGUGUCUUCUGCGUCAAGCCAGUACGGGAUUAAUAGUGUAUUCUCCGACAUUGAAAUGUUUUACU